AUGAGGCAUGUUCUGAACUGUUCAAAACUUUUGGAAGGGUCUCAGAGGAAUGCACGUGCUCUUAGGGCCACUGCCACACACAAGAAAGAGCUUUGGACAUGGAGCCCUGGUGCUGACCUGUGUAGCCUCAGAUCAUCUCCCCUCCCUUUUUGAGCCUCAUUAACCCUUGUAUGUGACAGGAGAGACUAUUAUGUAAAACGGGCCGUAGUCACACUGCUCAGAGUGAAGCAGGCGGGGUCUGGGGCUCACAUUCCCCCCACCCCUGUCUUCCACAGAAACCAUUGAGGUGCCUCCAGGGACCCCCAGGCUCAGGAUCCUCAAAGCCCCCUCCCCUUGUUUAUAUCACCUCCCUGCCAGCUUGCCCCCACUUCAAAGACAAAGCCAGGUCGAGGCACCUCUCUGGCCAGUGGCAGUCGCUUCCUGAGCUACCAUCACCACUCCCAAACUGGGGGCAAGGCCCCCCCUUGCCACUCCCACAGCUCUGUGUGAGCCACAUGAACACCAGGUUCUCCCCGGCGCUUCAAGAUUCUUUCCACUUCAUGCCUCAGUGUCUCUGUGUGGAGCUGUCAGAUUCAGGGGACUGCAGAGGCCUGCCUGGCUGGGACAGCAAGACCAUGGACGGUCCAGGGCUGGAGUGGCAGUGACUGGCUAGGGGCCGAUGCCUGCAGUGACGUCCCGCCAGUCCCCUGGGCAGGUGGGACGGGCUGCAUGGAGGCUUUCCCACGUUCUUGGCCAGCCCGGUCUCCUUAUUUAGCUAUUUUCAGGCCAGGCCUGUGCUCUCUGCCCCAAGGGAGCAGACCUGUGGGGACAGGGCCCAGGCCUGCUCACUAGGCUCCUCAGGGUUGGGGGCGGCUCUUUCCCCAGAUUGCUGUAGGAGUACGUCUUCCCAUUUAAUCCCAGUCAUAUCCAGAGCCAAAGGGCAGGCAGUACAGGUGCUCACCGAGAUGAGGCUUUUGGCUGUCGUCAUGCUAAGGAAGGGGAAUGUUCACUUGCAACCACAGACACAGCUCUGAGGUCUAUGAUGCCCUUCCCUAGAGGCGUGUGCUGCUGGCAUUGACCGAGGCAGGGCUAGAAGGGAAGCCCCCUUCCUGGCCCUUGCAAGUAAAGUCACUGCCCCAAGACCCCGAGUAGGCCCUGAAGAUGGCGCCCUCCCCUAGCUCCCCUAGUGCCACUGAGCCCUCUUCCCUGACCCAGGAUUUGGCACCUGGCCACUUUGCUGAAGCAUCUUUAUCCCAUCUUUGGCCAUGGACUCAGGAGCCAAGCUUUCAAAGCCACAAGGACAUAAGCACUAGCUGUGUCCAGAACCCCUAAUAUUUAUUCACUUUAUUAUUUGUUAGGAAAGCAGCCUUUCAACUUUAUUAAAGGAAAACUGAAAAAAGUCAUUGGUAGUCCUACCCCAGACCCUCUAGCCACCCUCUCGUGGGUCUGGGCUCACAACAGCGGCACCACCUUGGCAUGGAUCGGCCUUCUACCCAUUCUCAAGCUGUGACUCACGGACUCCCUUGGCGUGACUGACCUCCACGUAGGCCGCCUAAACAUAUAUACCCCCCACCCCCAAGUCACCCCUUUCAAGAGCUCUGUGCUUUCUGUUCUGUGCUUCCAUUUCAGGAAAUUCCUUGGAUCGAGUGAGACCUCGGGGCCGCAAAGUGUGGGCCUCUUUAUGGCUUUCACUUUGUAUUGCGAACCACAUGUUUAGGAGGCCUUGCUGGAGUUGCACAAAGAGUCCUGGCUAGAAUAGUGGGGCCCCAACAGAGAGAAGGGAGGCCCUUUGGCUCAGCCCCUCUCGCUCCAGAAGUAAGGCAUAGCCAUCCUGCUUUGGCCCCAGCAGAGCGUGGCCCCACUCGGGCACUCCAAGGACUGCUGGGUGCCUUUAGGGCCCCACUGCCCAGUCACUCUGACCUGGCCUCUGGCCCCUGCCUCCUGGAAGCCACCCUCUGGCCCUCCUCUGCCUGGCUAUCCCUCUGCUUCACCCAUUCUGGGCUUAAAGAGAGAUGGCCAGUUCACUGCGUGUCCCCCAGCCCUGGGAGGCUUAGUGGAAUGACUGGUAUGAGGGGUGGUAGUGGCCUGAGAAGGUUCUGGACCUUUCAGGUGGGGCGCCAAUACCCACUGCCACCUGAAGCCUGCCCCUCCUCAGUACAUGUUCCUGUCCCCAGUCAAGGUCCACAGGAUGUUCAUAGUUUGCCUGCUUAUCUGAGCCACUGGGGUUUUUGGCGUGCAGAUCCCAAUUUCCCAGAACCUGCCCCCAUAGGGGCGGGGCAGCAGGCAAGUUACUAAUUCAUUCCACGCUUCUUCUUAAGUUCAGAAGCCAGCCUGACAGGCAGAGGAGCCAAAAUGAAGACCCUCUCCCCUACUGGUGCCUAUGGCCUUCUGCUGGUCCUGCCCUUGCUGCUGGCUGUCCUUCAGAGCACCACGGCCCACAAGAAUGACAUCAACAUCUACAGUCUCACCGUGGACUCCAAGGUCUCGUCCCGAUUUGCCCACACAGUCGUUACCAGCCGAGUGGUCAACAAGGGCAGUGCUGUGCAGGAGGCCACCUUCCAGAUGGAGCUGCCCAAGAAAGCUUUCAUCACCAACUUCUCCAUGAUCAUCGAUGGUGUGACCUACCCAGGUAACAUCAAGGAGAAGGCUGCAGCCCAGGAACAGUACAGCGCAGCCGUGGCCAGGGGAGAGAGUGCUGGCCUUGUCAAGGCCACUGGGAGAAAGACAGAGCAGUUCCAGGUGGCAGUCAGCGUGGCUCCUGCUGCCAAGGUCACCUUUGAGCUGGUGUAUGAGGAGCUUCUGGCACGGCAUCUGGGAGUGUAUGAGCUGCUGUUGAAAAUCCAGCCCCAGCAGCUGGUCAAGCACCUGCAGAUGGACAUUCACAUCUUCGAGCCUCAGGGCAUCAGCUUUCUGGAGACAGAGAGCACCUUUAUGACCAAUGAACUGGCAGAGGCCCUCACCAUAUCACAGAACAAGACUAAGGCUCACAUCCGAUUCAAGCCGACACUCUCCCAGCAGCAGAAGUCCCCAGAGCAGCAGGAAACGGUCCUGGAUGGCAACUUCAUCGUCCGCUAUGAUGUGAACCGGACAGUCACUGGGGGUUCCAUUCAGAUCGAGAAUGGCUACUUUGUGCAUUACUUUGCCCCGGAGGGUCUGUCUGCAAUACCCAAGAACGUGAUCUUUGUCAUUGACACGAGCGGCUCCAUGAGGGGCAGGAAAAUCCAGCAGACCCGGGAAGCCCUAAUUAAGAUCCUGGGUGACCUCGGCUCCCGCGACCAGUUCAACCUUGUCAGCUUUAGUGGGGAAGCCACCCAGUGGAAGCAGGGGCUGUUGCCAGCCUCAGCUGAGAACGUGGAGGAAGCCAAGAGCUAUGCUGCCAGAAUCCAUGCCCAGGGAGGGACCAAUAUAAAUGAUGCGAUGCUGAUGGCCGUGCAGCUGCUGGAAAGAGCCAACCGGGAGGAGCUGCUGCCCGCGAGGAGCGUUACCCUCAUCAUCCUCCUCACUGAUGGCGACCCCACUGUGGGGGAGACCAACCCCUCGAAGAUCCAGAAGAACGUUCGGGAAGCCAUAGACGGCCAGCACAGCCUCUUCUGCCUGGGCUUCGGAUUUGACGUCAGCUACGCCUUCCUGGAGAAGAUGGCACUGGAGAAUGGCGGUCUGGCCCGGCGCAUCUAUGAGGACUCCGACUCUGCCCUGCAGCUCGAGGACUUCUACCAGGAGGUGGCCAACCCACUGCUGAAGUUGGUGGCCUUUGAGUACCCAAGCAAUGCCGUGGAGGCAGUCACGCAGGACAACUUCCGGCUGUUCUUCAAAGGCUCUGAGUUGGUUGUGGCCGGGAAGCUCCGGGACCAGAGCCCCGAUGUGCUCUCUGCCAAAGUCAGGGGGCAACUGCACAUGGAGAAUGUCACCUUCGUAAUGGAGUCCAGGGUAGCAGAGCAGGAGGCAGAGUUCCUGAGCCCCAAGUACAUCUUCCACAGCUUCAUGGAGAGACUCUGGGCAUACCUGACCAUCCAGCAACUGUUGGCGCAAACAGUCUCUGCAUCAGAUGCUGAGAAGAAGGCCCUUGAAGCCCGAGCCCUGAGCUUGUCACUCAACUACAGCUUUGUCACCCCUCUCACGUCUAUGGUGAUCACCAAACCUGAAGGCCAAGAACAGUCUCAGGUUGCUGAGAAGCCCGUGGAAAAUGGAAACCGACAGGGGAACACCCACUCAGGUCACUCUUCCUUUCAAUUUCAUUCUGUGGGAGACAGAACAUCCAGACUAACAGGAGGCAGCAGUGUAGACCCUGUUUUUUCUCACAGAAGAGGCUGGAAAGGACAAGGACCCCCCGGACCUCUUCAGCCUACUCGUUUUUCUCAUCCGUUUUCCCGUAUAACCUUGGACCCAGUGUUGCCAGAGGUGCUAUUCGCUAAUCCAGUUCCUGAUGAAACGUCACAUGACAUGGAUUCAAGAAUCAUAGAAGGAGCCACGACAGCUCCACCCCCUGCCCGCAUCCAGGCUCCUUCCGUCAUCUUGCCACUGCCUGGGCAGAGCGUGGACCAGCUCUGUGUGGACCUCAAGCACUCCCAGGGCCCAGUGAAGCUGCUCUCAGACCCUGGCCAAGGGGUUGAAGUGACUGGCCACUAUGAGAGGGAGAAGGCCCGCUUCUCAUGGAUUGAAGUGACCUUCAAGCACCCGCCACUGCAGGUUCGUGCAUCCCUGGAGCACAUAGUAGUGAUUCGGAACCGCCAAAGCUCUGCGUACAAGUGGAAGGAAACACUCUACUCAGUGAUGCCCGGCCUCAAGAUAACCAUGGACAAGGCGGGACUUCUGCUGCUCAGCAGCCCAAACAGAGUGACCAUCGGCCUGCUGUCCUGGGAUGGCCCUGGGAAGGGGCUCCGACUCCUUCUGCGGGACACUGACCACUUCUCCAGCCAGAUCAGUGGGACCUUUGGCCAGUUUUACCAGGACGUGGUCUGGGGGCCCCCAGCAGCAGCAGAUGACAGCAAGCGAACAGUGACAGUCCAGGGACAUGACCACUCUGCCACCAGAGAGCUCAAGCUGGAUUACCAAGAGGGAUCCCCGGGAAAAGAGAUUUCCUGCUGGACUGUGGUGCUGUAGUUCUGAUGGGAGGAGUUACACCCGCCCCCCAUGCUGCCCCCUUUUCGCAGAUGGCUGCCACACUGUAACCACAGGUCAGCCUGUGGGACCUGGAACAUCAUGGGGAGAUGUAUUUUCACUCAUUAAAAUAAAGAGAGGUGAUGUGAGCCCAGGGAGUGGGCAUCUCUGGUUCCAUCUGGC